GUUCCGUGCCGCGGUUCCGUGCCGCGCUCGCCGGGACGGCCGACCCGCAGCACGCACAGCAGCGGUGCCGAGCGAAGCGCACGCUGCCGGCCGCUCCGCAUCCCCGCAGGCGGCCGCGAGGGAACGCCUCAGCGCCGGGCCACGGAGCCGCUCCUCCUCCGUCCCUCGCCACGUCGGUGGCUGCGGCGGGAGGAGGAGACGGAGGAGGGCUGAGGUCGAGAGGGGCCGGCCCGGGGCAGAGCGACGUGUCGCGGGAGCCCUUAUAGCCCGCUGCCGCCCGCCGGGCCCUGCCUGCCGUGCCGUGCCGUGCCGUGCCGUGCCGUGCCGUGCCGUGCCGUGCCGUGCCGUGCCGUGCCCCGGCACCAUGUUGAGCAGCCAGCAGACGGGAUCCACCAAUGUGGUUUACCAAGCCCAUCACGUCAGCAGGAGUAAGCGAGGACAAGUUGUUGGGACCAGGGGCGGAUUCCGUGGCUGCACGGUUUGGCUAACAGGCCUUUCUGGAGCUGGUAAGACAACCAUUGGCUUUGCUCUGGAAGAGUACUUGGUCUCUCAUGGCAUCCCCUGCUAUUCCCUGGAUGGCGAUAAUGUUCGGCACGGCUUGAAUAAAAACCUGGGCUUCUCAGCUGGGGACCGCGAGGAGAAUAUCCGCCGCAUCGCAGAGGUGGCCAGGCUGUUUGCUGACGCUGGGCUUGUCUGCAUAACUAGCUUCAUCUCUCCUUUUUCAAAGGAUCGUCAGAAUGCACGGAAAAUUCAUGAGGCUGCUGGGUUGCCUUUCUUUGAAAUCUUUGUUGAUGCUCCACUAAAUAUUUGUGAAAGCAGAGAUGUGAAGGGCUUGUACAAAAAGGCAAGAGCCGGAGAGAUCAAAGGAUUCACAGGGAUUGACUCAGACUACGAGAAGCCCGAAUCUCCUGAACUGGUGCUGAAGACGAACAUUGCGUCGGUGUCUGAAUGCAUCCAGCAGGUCGUGGAGCUCCUGCAGACACAAAACAUUGUGCCCUGUGCCUCAAUUAAGGACGUUUUUGAGCUCUUUGUACCCAAAAAUAAACUUGAUGCUGCCCGAGCUGAAGCAAAUGCACUGCCAUCCGUGGAGAUCACAAAGCUGGAUCUGCAGUGGGUGCAAGUGCUGAGUGAAGGCUGGGCCACGCCACUGAAGGGCUUCAUGCGUGAGGCAGAGUACCUGCAGGUCAUCCAUUUCGGCACGCUGCUGAACGACGGUGUCGUCAACCUGAGCAUCCCCAUUGUGCUGCCAGUCUCAGCACAGGACAAGCAGCGGCUGGAGGGCUGCGGGGCGCUGGCGCUCAGCUACGCGGGGCACAGGGUGGCCAUCCUCAGGGACCCCGAGUACUUCGAGCACAGGAAGGAGGAGCGCUGUGCCCGCAUCUGGGGCACCACCUGUGCCAAGCACCCACACGUCAAGAUGGUGAUGGAGAGUGGAGACUGGCUGGUGGGGGGAGACCUCGUUGUGCUGGAAAAGAUCUGUUGGAAUGAUGGCCUGGACCAAUACCGCCUGACACCGCUCGAACUCAAGCAGAAGUUCAGAGAAAUGAACGCUGAUGCUGUCUUUGCAUUCCAGCUGCGCAACCCUGUGCACAACGGGCAUGCCCUGCUCAUGCAGGACACGCGGCGCCAGCUCCUGCAGAGGGGCUACAAAAACCCCGUGCUUCUCCUGCACCCCCUGGGUGGGUGGACCAAGGAUGACGACGUUCCGCUGGAGUGGCGGAUGAAGCAGCAUGCAGCAGUGCUUGAGGAGCACGUCCUGGACCCCAAAUCCACUGUUGUUGCCAUCUUCCCCUCUCCCAUGCUCUAUGCUGGCCCCACAGAGGUGCAGUGGCACUGCCGGGCUCGCAUGAUUGCUGGCGCCAAUUUCUACAUUGUGGGGCGCGAUCCUGCAGGCAUGCCUCACCCCGAGACCAAGAAGGACCUGUAUGAGCCCACACAGGGAGGGAAGGUGCUCAGCAUGGCGCCGGGCCUGACGUCAGUGGAGAUCAUCCCGUUCCGUGUAGCGGCUUACAACAAAGUGAAGCGAGCUAUGGAUUUUUAUGAACCAGAAAGGCACGAUGACUUUGACUUCAUCUCAGGAACACGCAUGAGAAAGCUCGCUCGCGAAGGGGAAAACCCACCGGAUGGCUUCAUGGCCCCCAAAGCUUGGAAAGUGCUAACUGAGUACUACCAAUCGCUGGAAAAAAAGAAUUAACGCUACUUCUCCUCCUAGCAAUACUUGUAUUAAGAGUGAGCGAUGAUUGAUUGAUUCCCUAUGAUAGAGAUCAGCUACAUGGCAUUUUCACUAUUCUGACUAGUGGAACUUUCCUGCCUGGAUCAGAGUAGUUUUUAAUAAUCAGAAAUACUUUGAACCGAGUCCUCCUCCCCUCGGAGCUGGAGGAGGAGGGCAGUCAGCCCUUUGCUUCCAGCCUGGUGCAGCUCCAGGAUGUCUGGUGCAGCGUUGGAUGGGGCCAGCUGGCUCAUUUGGUGCUGCUGGGCAAAUCUGUGUGCCUGCAUGGAACGGAAGCAAUGAAGUGUCCUUCCUUUACCCCUUGCCCAGCGCUGCCCCAAGAGAGGGAGCAAGGAGUGGUUGCUGCUGGCCCUCAGUGCUUGGAUCCAGUUGCUGCUCUCGAGGUCGUGCCUUAGACAUUUGCUAACAGUGAGACUUUUUAGUGCCUUUUUAUAAACAGCCUCAUUGCCGAGUCAGUGCCUCACCGUUCUGUUCUUCCUCCUGCUUGCCCCCUCUGGUAAAAAAAAAACAACUGGCUGUGAUCCUGGUGCUCUAAGCUCGCUUCCCAUGGGGACACUGGGACUCCCUGUGCUCAUAUUCCAGUGGGCACCAUGGCGGCCGUGUGGGGCAUCACGCAGCCUGGGAGAUCGCUGAGAAGAUGCUGGUCACACAGGACAGCGCGAAGGGCCGAACUGGGGCUGCCUUUGCCUGGUGGAGAGCUCUUGCAGCGCUACUCUGGUUUUCCCCACCAUGGACUUUGCCAUCACACCUCGUGCCUUCCCUCUGAUUUGUGCUGCCGUGGCAUUAGGAAAGGUGAGCAGCGCCUUCCCUGACAGCUGUGCUCGGAUGGGAAGUUUUAUGGGACAGCAGAGGGAAGGCAGCGCAUUACCACCAGGUUUUGUGGCCUUUGCACGCACCCACUUCAGUCAGUUCCCCAGGGCUGUUCAGCACGGGUUUCACAGGAACCGUGCCGCCUUUUAAUUACAAAUGGGUCCAGGCUCAACAAGAACAGCCCUGGUUCUGCUGGGGACUGCACAUCAAGCAACGCCACAAGCUCAGAUCUGUUUUGCUGUGGCCACGGUGCGGUAUCCAAGACUACGUAUGCAAUUGGGAUUAUUUUUGUAAGAAGCGUUCUAUUUUUCAUUUGUCACCUGAUGCUGGUUUCCUUUUUGUAAUCUUUUUAUGUAUUCAAAGGGAAGAACAAAAAGCCGUGUUAUACCUCACGUCGUGCUGCAACCACCCCGGCAGUAGCCGAGAGCAUGCUAGCACCAGUGCCUUCCACACGCAGGCCCUCUGGCAGGGACCUGGAAGACAAAAGCAAGAUGCUGAUUUUUAAUUGCAAUAUUGGCCAUUUUGAAGCAGCAGUUAGCUGUCGCCUCUCAUCCCAAAAGAAUCAAGCAGUGCAAGACAAUGUACUUAAUCCAGACGGUCACAGCAAAACGCAAUUGUUGAAUUGUUCUUUUAAAAUAGCUUAGUAUACAGAUUACCUCUGAUUAAAAUAAUGUGGACUAGGUUUUUUUUGUGUGUAUUUAUUAAAGACAUGAGACUGGAAUUUGUACCUCAACUGAUGCAUCUCCUGAUUUAAUAUAUUCUGACCUUGAUACUCUGAGACACUCACUUUUAGUACAAAUAAAUAUUUAUAUGUGUAAACCAAUGCUUACAUUGUGGUUGUUGGCUUAUUUCGAGUCGGACGAGGCACAUUCAGCAGCACUGAGCACUGUGCUGCCUGCUGCUCCCAGACCCCAAGCACCCCUCAAGAUGAGUUUCCCACACACCAGAGGGGGUUUCCCAUCUCCAAACCUCGCUCAAAUAAGGCUGUAAAGAAGCAGCAUUUGCAGCAUUCAGAUACACUUGUAAAGAUUAUAUUCUUGCAUAAAUCCUGCAGUAUCCCCAGGCUCCCUGGCAAACUGCUGGGAAGGGCCUCCAAGGUGUGGAGGAGUCCUUGGAGAAGUGGGAACAGCUCAGCUGCAGGAACUAUCCCUUGGGCAACUGCAGAUCACCCCAUGUGCCUCCCACCCUCCCUUCUCGUAGACCUGCAGGAUGCAUUAUGGGCGCAUGGUGAAGGCAAGAUGAGGCAGCAUGCCAACAGCCCCAUUGCUGGGGACACACGGACAGGACCGCAGCGUUCAGCUGGGGUCCGGGGUGCUCCUGCAGGCAUUCCUGUGUUCAGGUUUGAUGUUUAACCUCGCACUCGGUCUGUUUAUAAACCAGGAUUAAACCGCUCCCCCCAAGUAGCACACGCUCUGAAGAAGGAAGGAAUGCAGCUGAACGCGGACGGAGCAGCUCGAGCUCUGCUGCUGGUGCAUGCAUAAUCCCAGCCCCCAGAGAAACCACCAGGAUUGAUUACAAAAGUCAGAUUUUGCAGCUCACCCCCCUGCAGUGUGGAGGGUGGCUCCCUGUCCUCCAGGGGCUUCCAGGUGCUCACACUGCUUUUUCAGCCCACAAGCUGAACUCACACUGUCAGCAGUGCCUGGCACCAGACAACACCUCACCCUGGCUCUCUCAUUGCAGGUUGUUUCGUUUUCCACUGUCACCCUGCUUUUGCUGCUUACCUCUCUGCGGCCAGCAGAGCUGUGACAGUGCACUGCCCCUUGGGUCGCACAACUGUGAUGAUGUUUCUGUGUCAAAUCAGUGCACAAUUCACAAUUAUUAGGAAAAAUUAAACUACUGACAAUAACUUUACCAAAAGACUUUGCAACUUACAUUUUAACCCUUUGCCUUUAUCACUACAUAGCAUUACAUGAAUUUACCAAACUGUUACCAACAAGUACAGCAGAACAGUGCUAAAUCAUAUUUAUAAACCUGAAGUUGCCUCCUCAUUGCCUUCAGUUUUGCGUGGCAGAGCAGGUGACGCAGCAAAGCACCAUACAACACCUCCCCUUGCCAUGGCACAGUGGUGCAGUGCAGCAGCGCCUCUUCCAGAGGAGAUGAAACAGCAGUAGGCCCCCAUUGUGACACAUAACACAUCAGAAAGCACAGCUUCAAAAACCUCUAAAAGGUGGGGCUUAAGGAAAAAGCAGUUAAGUAGACUCUACCCUUAACUACAUCACAGUGGAGGGGAAAAAUAAAAAUAAGAACAGCAUUAAAAUGCCUCCAAAUGCAGAAUUCAUACAAAAGAAAAGGCAUUCAAACAUUUUUACAGUAGUUACUAUCUUUACUCAAUGGCACCAGAUUUCAAGUGGUGAUGUGAAAAAAAAAAAAUAUCAGUAACAUUUCCAACUUUUCCUCAAAGUUAUUCUAGAAG